ACGUCACGUGAGGACAUGUGACAACUGACAAUGGAGAACAUAGAGAGUGAUGAUGAUGAUGAUGGGAUAACUACAAGUGAUUUUAACUUUAUUGGAUUUACCUUCCUUAAUAAUUUCAAACCUUUUCCUUGUUCAGUUAAGUAUUCACACCACUGGAAGAAAAGGCAGGCCCUGAUUGACGAGAUAAUUGCUCAUGAUGUUGAAGCCGGAGACGAAGAAUUUGACGAUGAAUAUUCUGACCUACACAGCAGUUUUGUCACAAAAGCCUCCGAACUGAGAGAACUACAGGAAAGAUGCGGCGAAUGGAAGAAGGGGAGAUGGUCAAAACAAGAGUAUGAUAUACUAAAGACUAAUCUGAAAUCAUACAUGAAGGAGUUCAAUAUCACGGAUAUUAAUAUACUUCUUGACAAUGCUGACAAGAAUAUCGAGUUUUACAGAAAAAUAGCCUGUAACAUCAAGAGGCCAUUGUUCGUAGUGUACAGAAAGUUAUUGAGAUUCUUCACUGAAGAGAAUUACGUUGGCAUUUGGACUAGAGAAAUGAAUGACAGAUUAGUUGAGUUGCAUGCUUUACAUGGAAACGAUUGGAAUACAAUUGGACAGAUUAUGGGCAUCGGAUGGGCCACUUGCUACGACCAUUUUAGAACUGUUAAUAUUAAUAAAAAAUACACUGAAGGCCCGUGGUCAAGCGAAGAAGUUGACAAGUUAUGCCAAGUGAUGGUUAGGGAGCACGGGAUUGAAGACUGUCAGUUACCGUCUAACGUCACUUGGGAGAUGAUCUCAAGGGCGGUAGUAACUAGGAGCGCCAUGCAGUGUCGUUUUAAAUGGGUGAUGCUCUUAUCCUGGAAGUUAAAGGGAGGAGAAGAAAAAUGGACGACAUCUGAUGAUUUGAGGCUAAUAGAGUGUUUGAAUGAAGAUGAGGAACUUGAGGAUGAAGAGGACAUCGACUGGGAGAGACUAGCAGCUGCCUGGCCUAGUGCCAGAUCAAAGUAUUUUUUAAGGCAAAAGUGGGCAAGUUUGAAACGAACUGUUCCUUUUAGCAGUUCAAAGAUUUUUAGAGAGUGUGUUCUUUAUUUGGUGAGGCAUAGAGCUCCAGCUUUGAGGAGACAGUUAGAUAGCAUGGCAGAUUAAUUAUAUCUCAAUUAUAAAUCAUUCGAAAAAUUUUUAGAUCUAUGUUGCAAAUUUAAA